AUGUCGUUCAUAAAUAUCUGUCGUGAGAACACCGAUCCGUUCUACCGUUAUAAGAUGCCUCCGAUCCAGUCCAAGGUCGAAGGUAGGGGUAACGGUAUCAAGACUGCCAUUCCUAACUUGAGUGAAGUCGCCAGAGCUUUGGGUCGCCCUCCAGCUUACGUGGUGAAAUACUUUGGUUCCGAGUUGGGUGCACAGACCAAGAUCAAGGAGGACGAGGACAGAUACCUUGUUAACGGUGCUCACUCUCAGGCUGAGCUACAAGACUCCUUGGAUGGUUUCAUCAACAAAUUCGUGCUCUGUGGUGCUUGUAAGAACCCAGAGACCCAGAUCAUCAUCAAGAGCAAGGGCUUUUUGCAGAGAGACUGUAAGGCCUGCGGUCGUAUCACCGACAUUGACUUGAGACACAAGUUGUCUUCCUACAUCUUGAAGAACCCACCUCCAUCUUCUACAGGUAAGAAGUCUGCCACUGCGCAGGCCAACGUUGUUGGUGGUGGUAAAUCCAUUUCUGAUAUUGCUCAAAGCGCUGACAACGGCGAUGCUUCCAAGCAGGCUAACGGUGACGAUGACGACGAUGCUUUGACCAAGAAGAUCAACGCCGAGGCUGCUGCUCUUGCCAAGGAGACUGUCGAGGUUGCUGACGACGACUGGGCUGUGGACAUGUCCAAGGAGGCUAUUGAAGCCAGAGCUAGAGAAUUGGAGGGUCUUUCGCUAAAUGACAGCCAGACCAAGCUCACGGAAUUCGGUGAGUGGGCAUUGAAGGAUGCCGAGGACAAGGAAGACUUGCCUUCUGAUAUUGACCUUUAUAAAAAGAUUGCCGAGUUGGAACUCUUGGAAAAGCCUGAUGUCAUGCUUAUCUUGGCCCAGGUUUUGUUCGAUGAGGACAUUCUCGAGCAGCUCGAUGAGCACCACGGUUUGUUGGCCAAGUUGAUCAACGGCCAAAACGACUUCGAGAAGGCUUUCUUGGGUGGUCUUGAAAGAUUCCUUGGUUUGGAAAAGCCAGACUUGAUCCCACUUGUGCCAAAGAUUCUUGUCAAGUUGUACGACAAGGAGUUGGUGAGCGAAGAGGAGAUCCUCAAUUGGGGUCUGAAGGUGUCCAAGAAAUACGUUUCUAAGGACGUUUCCAAGAAGGUGAGAAAGGCUGCCAAGCCAUUCAUUCAGUGGUUGAAGGAGGCCGACGAGGAGUCGGACGAGGAAUAA